UCGUAGGUAGAGUCCAAAUACCAUGUGCAGAUCUGCAGUGACAGGCAGUGUGUUCUCUCUUGUGUACACCAGUGUGCCUGAGUCCUGCACUUCCCCAGCACACCCCCUCAGGCCCCUUCUGUGUUGUUUCCUGCCUCUCCAUCCCCCAAGGCCACUGCUGCUGUGGUUCUGCCCAAUGGGCAGCACUUGGCCGGUUCUGGCCCUUGAUGUGAGUGGAAUCAUAUCAGGCCUUUUCUGCCAACACCAGCACAUUCUUGACAUGCCUCUGCCCUGUGGUCUGCAUGGAGGGAGCUCAUUCUGACUGUGAACGUCUUUCUCAUUCCUUGCUCUGUACUUUCCCAUCCAUGACAACUCCUUCCCCACCCAAAAGCAGUUGCUCAUGGAUUUAUCUCUCAGUGAAUUUUAAGUAGAGGGUUUCUAUCCGCCACCAGGUUCUCAGAGUGUGAGUAUCGAAAUGUGACACCAGCAUUCAUAUUUUGACCACAGAUUUCUUAGAAAAAAGGAUGUCCAUGGCAGGCCUGUGACUGGUAGAGGAGGGUCCUGGCAGGGGCUCAAGGCCUGUGUGGUGCACUCGGGACGCUGGGGUCUCUCAGCUGGUGCAGAAAUAAGGCUGCCAACAGAUCCUGUCUUUCUUCUUGGCGAUGGCAGAUACAGCCAGGGCUGCAUCCUCUGGUCAGAAGCCAGUGAGAGUGACGGGAAGCUCUCCAGGUGACAUGCGAGCACUCAGACAGUCACAACUUUCAGGGGUCCCAGGUGAUUCCUUGGGACUGUCACUACCCUGGUGGCCCAACGCACCAGGAGUGAAUUCAGUCAGCAUGGAUCUUCUCCUUUCACUGCAGGUUUUCCUUUCUGGACAUGAAUGUUUUGUUUCCCUGUAGUCAAAAUAGCCUAUGUAAAUAUUUCCUUUCUACAAGUGGUUUUUGUAUUCAUUUUGUGUGUGUACAUAGUAUUUUUUUUACAUUGGCACUUAAUGGUGAGCAGCUUAUGGAAUGAAAAGCAAGUCUACUCAAAUGUUUCCCAGCUUUCUCAGCAAGGGUAACUCUUGUCAAUCCUCUUAACUUUUCACUUUUAAAAGUUCAAAGACUAAAUAUAUGGUUAUUCAUAGAACAUAUUCAUGAGUCAUCAUUUCACUUUUUAUUCCAUGCCAACCCCAGUUCUCAGACUGGGAAUACAGCACUGAAGGAGCCUGUCCUAUCCCUCCUUCCCCUUGCUUACAUACGGUGGUGGUAGGUGUAUGGACACCUACAGAACAUGGACAGUACCCCAACCACCUUUGUGAUUUCAGGGAAGAAGUGCUGUGAAGACUCUUGGAAAAACACGUGGAGGUGUUGUUGGGACAGUGGGCUGGGAGUGGGUGAAGCGGCCACACAGGAUGGACACCAGAGGCCUCUCUGUCCAAGUGAAUUUUGAGCUGAACUCAGACUAAGAAAACCAUUAAGCCAAGCACAUUUGUAUGGCUGUAUUUGGUGUUCCUUCUGCCCAGUCAGGAAGUAGCCUUUUUCAAAGAACAGGACUGACCUCAGUCAGUGUCAGCUGGAGUGAGGGACUCAAAGUGGAAGCAACUGAGGACUGGGUAGGAAGUGGGGUAUAGGGCCCCUCAAUCCAUGCAAAGAUAUAGUCCAUAUGUUGGGGAGCCACUGGAGUGUGUACUCUGAAGGUGAUGUCUGAUGUACUAUUUUAUCAAAGUGUCGUUGACAUACAGUAUCCUAUUAUUUUCAGGUGUGAUUAAUUUCAGUUCAUAGUGAUUUGUUUUUAUGCAUUAGAAAAUGAUCCCUGUGUUAACUCUACUUGCCAUGUAUCAUCUCACAAAUUAAUUACAUCAUCUUCCCUGUGCUGUACACUACUUCCCGUGACUUAGUUAUGUUAUAGCUGGAAAUUUGCACAGCUUCAUCCCCUCACCUUGUUUUGCCUGCACCCAGGCCCACCCCCACCUUUGGUGUCCUUUAGAUUCCUUACCUGUCCAUCUGUUACUGUUUCUGUUUCUCAGAUCCCACAUACAGGUGCUGUCGUGCUGGAUUUCUUGGCCUUACUUGACUCAGCAUAACACCCUCAGGGUCCAUCCAUGCUGUCACAAACAGCAAGGUUUCCCUCUAUGGCUCAGGAGCAUUUAUAACUUAGUUGAUGCUCUAGCUGAAGUUUAGAAGCAGACUUGAGAAAAUCCUUCUGUAGUGUGUACAUUCCUCUCUCCAAGAGAAGAUACAGGCUUCCAACUAGAUGGAAGAGCAGGGCCUGGGAGGGUAACCCUUGUGGGAGGGGGUGGCACUUGUGUUGUGUGGUGGCCCAGGCUGCCUCGCCUGUGACCAUCCUGAUGGGGCACUUUUUCUCCCCAGCAGAAGCAAAGCCAGGAAUGCAUCUCUGUCCCUGCUGCCCCCUGGCCUGCAGUCAGCAUAUCCUCAUCAGGCACACGAUUCACGACCAUUCUGCUCAGAUGUCUGCAGGUGCACAUGCAACAAAUUACCCACAGCCGAGGAGUCCUGGCCUGGAGCACCAGGAACAAGAGCAGGAAGAACUCUCUCAGCAGAGCGACCAGAGUGAUAGGGGAGCAGGUCAAGAGAGAGAAGAAAACUCCCAGACCUUGUUGAGGAGGAGGAGUCAGACCUCGGGGGCAUGUGCCAGCCCACACCCCACCCAGGCAGUAAGUCUGGGGCAAAGGAACACAGUGGUGGAAAUAGAGGGCAGCCAAGCCCAGAGGGGAAAUCCUAAAGAAACAGGCAAAGUAUUAAAAGGAAUACAAACUUCAGGAUGGGAAACAUUCAUACAUGCAGAGUAUGGGCAAGGCUUUAGCCAGAAGCCAGAGGUACUCAAACACAGAAAAGCACAUUAUGGACAGAAUCUUUUAACAUGCAGGAAGUGUGGACAGGACUUUACUGAUAAGUCAGCACUAUUGUUGCACCAGAAAACACACUCAGGUGGGACUCCCUACAUGUGCAGGGAGACUGGGCCAGACUUCAGUGAUAAGUCAAGCCUCAUAACACACAGGUCACACGCAAGGGAGAAGCGUUUUGUGUGCAAGGAGUGUGGACAAGGCUUUGCCCGAAAGUCAGCCCUGAAGUCCCACCAGUGGAAACACUCAGGUAACAAGCCAUUUUUGUGCAAGGAUUGUGGACAAGGCUUUACCCAAAAUUCAAACCUGAUACGCCACUGGUGGACACAUUCAGUGGAGAAGCCUUUUGUGUGCAAGGAGUGUGGGCAAGGCUUUAUCCAAAAAUCAUCUCUCAUCUCCCACCAAUAUAAACACUCAGGAGAGAAGCCUUUUGUGUGUAAGGAGUGUGGUAAAAGGUUUACCCAAAAAUCACACCUGAACAGCCACCAGAGGACACACUCAGGGGAAAAGCCUUUUGUGUGCAAGGAGUGUGGGCAAGGCUUUACCCAAAAAUCAACCCUGAUGUCCCACCAGUGGAAACACUCAGGGGAAAAGCCUUUUGUGUGCAAAGAGUGUGGGAAAAGGUUUACCAAAAGAUCAGCCCUGAUACCCCAUCAGAGGACACACUCAGGGGAAAAGCCUUUUGUGUGCAAGGAGUGUGGGCAAGGCUUUAUCCAAAAAUUAAACCUAAUCCGCCACCAGAGGACACACUCAGGAGAGAAACCCUUUGUGUGCAAGGAGUGUGGGCAAGGCUUUUCCCAUAAAUCAUCCCUCAUCUACCACCAGUAUAAACACUCAGGAGAGAAGCCUUUUGUGUGCACGUAUUGUGGGCAGAGUUUUAGGUGGAAGUCUGGUCUCCUAAAUCAUCAGAAUAAACACUUGGGGGUGAAGCCUUUUGUGUGCAGGUACUGUGGGCGAAAUUUCAGCUUGAAGUCAUAUCUCCUAAGUCAUCUGAAGACACACUCAGGUGAGAAGAAGUUUGUUUGCAAGGAGUGUGGACAAGCCUUUAUCCGAAAAAGAUCCCUUAUCGCCCACCAGUGGAGACACUCGGGAAAGAAGCCAUUUCUGUGCAAGCACUGUGGGAAAGGCUUUACCCACAAAUCAUCCCUCACUACCCAUGAGUGGAAACACUUAGGGGAGAAACCUUUUGUGUGCAUGAAUUGUGGGCGAAGUUUUAGCUUGAAGUCAAAUCUCCUAAGCCAUCAGAAGACACACUCAGGGGAGAAGCCUUUUGUGUGCAAGGAGUGUGGGCGAGGCUUUGUCAAGAAAUCAUCUCUUACCUCCCACCUAAGGAAACACUCAGGGGAGAAGCCUUUUAUUUGCAAGGAGUGUGGGCGAGCCUUUAUCCAGAAAUCAAGCCUGAUGGACCACGAAAAGACACACUCAGAGAAGAGGCCAUUUGUGUGCAAGGAGUGUGGGCAAGGCUUUAUCCGUAAAUCAUCCCUCAUCUACCACCAGUGGAAACACUCAGGGGAGGAACCUUUUGUGUGUAGUCAUUGUGGGCGAGGUUUUCGGAGUAAGUCAAAUCUCCAGAGACAUCAGAAGAUGCACUCAGGGGAGAAACCUUUUGUUUGAAGGGAGUGUGGGUAAGGCCCCAGUGCACACAUGGAGAAAAGAGCCUGUGUGUGCUGCAGGGUGAGAAAGAUGAGCCAUAAUCACACCUGUGGAUGUCAGAGGCUCCACUCAGCAGGGAAGCACUUGUGUGCACUGUGGCCAAAGCACAAGUUAGAAGUCAACAGAUGCAGAAAUCUGUACCCCUUUCACCUCCCCACCCAAGAUCCAGGGAAACUUGAGAUACUCCCUGACUAUAUAUGUAUAAGCAGCAACUACUGCAGAGUCUCUCUUAAGGGGCUUCCUUAACAGACGGAUGAAGGGGCACUGGCCUGAUGGCUGAGUAUCCGCACCUUAGGGUCUGCCUAUGGUGGUCAGCCCUUUCCAUCCAGUAACUGCUGCUUAACAAACCUACAGCUGAGCCCGUGACCCCGCUCACAGAUGCAUCAUGCAGGCCGAGGGGAU